AUGUUAUGCUAUGGUGAAAUCAAAACAGCGUUGCUUGAUUUGACAAAGGAAUGUCACACGCUUUGGAAAGAGAACAAGGAUAUGCAGGGUCGUUUCGUGAAUGAUUUGACAGAAUUACAUCGAAUGCAACUUGCUGUGAGCAAGCUUGAACGUGAUCACCAGGAUGACAAAUUGUCACAGGCGCGGAUAUCAGUAAGUGAUAUGCAGAAGCGGGCAAGCCAGCUGUACAAUGCACUUAUGGAGAAAAGAUGUAAUCUGACGCAGAAGCUGAAUGAAGGUGUGCAUAAUGUCGCAUUGUUACAAAAUCAGCUCAUUAGUGAUUAUCUGUAUGAUUGGAAAAACAGACAAAAGCUUCAGCAAGUUGGUGUGCCGUUUGAAGAACGCGACUGCAUGAUUGAUGAAAUACAAACAGAAUUCGAAAUGUUAGCGGAACAGAACUGGCAGCUGAGAACAUACGCGUGCUGGCAGAUGGAUUUGCUUCGGCGAGGUCCACAAAUAAGUGGUCAUGUGGCACAGACUACAAAUUUGAAUUCGAUACUGGAUAAUCUAACGAAGUUAUUGUGUAUGUUGGUUUCUCAAAGUUUUAUUGUUGCAAUCCAACCUGAACCAGUUUUGAAAACGCAGCAUAAAUUUCUUGCUGAAGUGAGACUUCUUAUUGGCGACAAAUUGGGCAUCAAACAGCAUCUUGUCAAUACUAAUGUCACUGUUCGGAUCAUUGCUGAGGAAGAAGCUCGGUUGCUUAGUACUGCACAGCUGUCCGAAAAAAACGUUAAAACGGUUGGUUCCAUAAGUAACGAUUUCGAAAAAAUAACUACUGACGAUAAAGGACACAUGUCUGCAAAAUUUAGCAAUUCUAAGCUGACGCGUAUUGCGCAUCGAAAGCCGCCACCAAAAGGCGGACAAGGGGACUCCAAAGUGAUAGUGAAUUCACAGACGGCUAUUGACCAGAAAUAUGCAUUAAUUUUUCAUAUAACCCCAUUUCAACUUGGCAAUCUUGGGAAGUUCGAUGUUUGGACAUUGUCAUUACCAAUUAUGGUUACAGUACAUGGAAGUCAAGAUUGUGAUGCACAGGGAGCCAUACUUUGGCAGAGGGCUUUUUCUGAUGUGAAUCGUACGACUUUGUCGCCGGAAAUAGUUUCUGUAUCGUGGAAAGAACUUGGUCAAGUCCUUCGUCAUAAAUUUGCGAUUUCAACUGGUGCAGAGCGAGAAAUCAGCGAUUCAGAUCUUUGUUACAUGGCUGAGAAAUUAAAGGUUUCUGCCGAUGAAGAAAGAAAACUAAUAACCUUGCAUCGGUUUGCGAAGCAAAAUUUGCGGGAUGACGUUAAUUUCUCGUUUUGGGAAUGGUUUUUCGCUAUUAUGCAACUUAUCAAGCAUAAACUUUUGAAGUUUUGGGAUGAAGGGUGGCUAAUCGGUUUUAUAAGUAAACAAGAUGCAUCGUCACAAAUGGUCAGAACUCCCCAUCCUACAUUUCUUCUGCGUUUUAGUGAUACUCAAACUGGUGCUGUUAGUAUUGGUUUUGUUUGCGAUGAUGAAGGUGGUAAAGUGCCUUUUCAUCUUUCACCAUUCUCUAUAAAAGAUCUCGAUCAAUUUUCUCUAGCUCAGCGUAUUGCAUCGUGCCCACAAUUAAAAGAUAUCAAGUAUCUAUAUCCGGAUAUCGACAAGGAAGACAUGUUACGAUAUUUUGAAACUGAAGAACGGCAGAAAUCUUUGUCUCCAACGGGCUACAUUCAGUCCGAAAUCGUCAUGGUUGCAAAAACUGGCGGAAGAUCUGGAUGUCAAACUGGUAGAGAUAGCCCACUACUGUCAUUCUCAACACAAACUAAAUUGGAUUGGUCCCCCGGAGAGAUAAUUGCUCGAACUCAGUCUGCGGAAAUGAAUGAGAAUUAUAAUAAUGAAGAAGUAAUAUCGGUAUUGUCAAGCAGUUUUGAAAACGAUGUUGAGGCUUUACUAGGACCAGGAUUUUAUGCACAGCUUCCCAGUCAACCUCUCCAACUUGUCGACAUAUCGUUUAUUGAUGGCUGCAACAGUUCAUUAAAUAAAUUUGGUGACAGUAUGGAAGAUUAA